AUGAUAACAGUGUUGCAGAGAGAUGAUGACAGUGUAGCAGAUGAUGGAAGUGUAGCAGAAGAUGAUGACAGUGUAGCAGAAGAUGAUAACAGUGUUGCAGAAGAUGAUAAUAGUGUAGCAGAUGAUGACAGUGUAGCAGAUGAUGACAGUGUAGCAAAAGAUGGUGACGUUGUAGCAGAAGAUGAUGGCAGUGUAGGAGAAAAUGAUGACAGUGUAGAAGAUGAUGACAGUGUAGCAGAUUAUGAUGACAGUGUAGCAGAAGAUGACAGUGUGGCAGACGAUGAUAACAUUGUAGCAGAAUAUGAUGACAGAGUAGCAGAAGGCGAAAAUUUAGGACGUGAAACUGUAGCAGAAGGUGACAGUGUAAGAGAAGAUGGUGCCAUUGUAGUAGAAGGUGAUGAUAGUGUAGCAGACGAUGAUGACAGUGUAGCAGAAGAUGAUAGUGUAGCAGAAGCAGAAGAUGAUGACAGUGUAGCAGAAGAUGAUGACAGUGUAGCAGAGGAUGAUGACAGUGAAGCAGAGGAUUAUGACAGUGUAGCAGAAGAUGAUGACAGUGUAGCUGAAGGUGACAGUGUAGCUAAAGAUUAUGACAGUGUAACAAAAGAUAAUGGCAGUGUAGCAGAAGACGAUGACAGUGUAGCAGAAGAUAAUGACAGUGUAGCAGAGGAUGAUGACAGUGAAGCAGAAGAUUAUGAUAGUGUUGCAGAAGAUGAUGACAGUGUAGCAAAAGAUAAUGACAGUUUAGCAGAAGAUGAUGACAGGGUAGCAGAAGAUGAUGACAGUGUAGCAGAAUAUGAUGACAGUGUAGUAGAGCAUGAUGACAGUUUAGCAGACGAUGAUGGCAGUGUAGCAGAGGAUGAUGACAGUGUAUCAGAUGAUGGCAGUAUCGCAGAAGAUGAUGACAGUGUAGCAGAAAAUGAUGACAGUGUAGCGGAAGAUGGAGGUAGUGUAGCAGAAGAUGAUGACAGUAUAGCAGAUGACACGGUGUAGCAGAAGUUGACAGUGUAGCAGGCGAUGAUGGCAGUGUAGCAGACGAUAGAGUGUAGCAGGAGAUGUUGACAGUGUCAGCAGAAGAUGAUGACAGUGUAGCAGAAGAUGUUGACAGUGUAGCAGAUGAGAAACAGUGAAGCAGAAGAUGAUGACUCUGCAGCUGAAGAUGACAGUGUAGCAGAAGAUGUUUCAGUGUAGCAGAUGAUGACAGUGAAGCAGAAGAUGAGGACAGUGUAGCAGAAUAUGAUGACAGAGUAGCAGAAGGUGAAAAUGCGGGAGGUGACCGUGUAGCAGAAGGUGAUAGUGUAGCAGAAGGUGAUAGUGUAGCAGAAGGUGAUAGUGUAGCAGAAGAUAAUGACAGUGUAGCAGAAUAUGAUGGC